UUUACAAUGGAGAGUACCGUAUACGUUACAUUCUAUAAUAAUAAGGAUGUAUACAAAAAAGUAUUGAUUAAUUACAUCAUGAUUCAUGAAAUUUCAAUGACUAAUUUUUUUUUUAGAAAUAUGAUGAUUUUCUCUCUCUCUCGAAGUAAAAAAUCAUUUUUUUUUCCAAACACGAAUUAUGACACAAAAAAGUUCUAUUCAUUAUUAUGAAGAUGGGGAUCUUUUAAUAAUAAUUCAAGAUACCAUAUUUCGUUUACACAAGAUUAUAUUAUCAAUUUCUUCAAAAAUAUUUCAAGAUAUGUUUGCUUACGCGAAACCAUCUUCAAAUGAAAAUUUACCUACUAUAAAACUUGAUGAAAAUUCAAUUAAACCAUUCGAAUAUCUUAUUUCUUUUAUAUAUCAUGAUAAAAAUUUUAAAAUUACUUGGAAUUGUGUAGAAGAAAUUUCUCGACUUGGGGAUAAAUAUGAAGUUGAUAUAGUACUUAAAGCUGUUGAAACAUUUUUAGAACUUCAUUUUGUUGAAAAACCUCUUUUUUCAAUAAUUUUGGCAGAUCAAUAUCGAUUUAAAAAAGUUUAUAAGGAAACUUCAAAAUUAAUAUUAGAUGAUUUACCAAAGUAUAAAUCAAAGAAUGAUGAACUUUUCCAAAAACUUUCUACUAAUACAAGAUCUUUACUUCUUGAAAAAUAUUUGGAUUAUCAUCUUUUAUGGUCAGAACUUCUUUUGGUUUCUAGAUCAUAUAAAAAACUUCCAUGUUGUUUAAAAAAUACAUGUUUCGUAAAUUAUAUUAAUAAUGAUUUUAUUUCAAUUGAUUUAUCACAAUCACAAUCAACUUCUUUUCAUUAUUUUAAGGAUUUUAUAAAAAAUUUUAUUUCAAAUAAGUCUGUACCUUGUCGUAUUCAUUAUAAUAUUAUGAUGGAAUUAUGUGGUUUCUUUCAAAAAUUUGAACGACUUGAACGUGAUAAAAAUAUUGAUAGUGCUAAUAGUUAUUCUUUUAUUGAAAUGAAAUAGAAUUAUUUUAAUUAUAUAAUAUAAUUAUACUAUUACAGUAAUGUAUAAUAAGAUGUUGUAGUGAUAUUGUCCGUAGAUAACAGUCAAUUAUUGAUAAAUUUAUAACAAAGUUUUAUAAUACAAUUUAAUUUCCCCCUUUUUUUAUACUUGUAUUAUAAGGUUAGCUUGAUCGCCUUGAUGAUAACACGAC